AUGCGCAGGCUAGGUUUCUUUCUGACAGCUUGCUUGGCUUAUGUAAACGCUGAUCUACACACGCCGCCCCCGGUACACGUAGACGUGCAAGCUAGUUGGAGCCAGCCGCCUUACUGCGAGAUAGCGAUGGAAGCAGCCUACAGACUACAACCAGGAAUGUUUGGCAGGCUAUUGGAUACCAUUGAUUGCACAAACACGCCAGAGAAGAUAUAUACCCAAGUAAGAAGUGAAAUCACUAAGUCGAAGCAGUCACUGUUCGAUCUUCAUAUGGCCCUGGAAUCAAGCUCACCGGCAAUAAUAGCCUCCAGAAGCAUAUUAGAGAGCGAAGGAUUUUCAUUUGAUCCGGAAUGCCCGAAUUUUAUCAGCUAUCAAGGCCGCAAGAUAUGUGACGUAGACGAGGUUAGUACACUCGACCAACAAGCUUGGCCUGAAUCAACCGCGAUCGUUGAUACCGCGAUCGACCAUAUUCUCUCAGAGCCUUCAUCUGCAGCCCCGCCAACUAUCAUCCACUACGCAGACCCAACUGCGCACAAUUUCAAAAGUUUCUAUGACUUCUUUAAGAAGCGCACGAAAGUCUUGAAGUACGUCAUACGAUGGGCACCCACCAACGCCUCGUCUCAGCCUCAAAAAUUGGCGGGAUGGGGUGUCAAGUUGGAUCUUAAGAAGCGCGAGUAUCUCUCACUCGACGAUAGAACUGUUUCAAAGAGGGCUGAUGAUAUCAAGACAAACGUAAUAUCCAGUGAGGACUACAAUUUCCUGCCACGCAAGCUGCAAGAGGCUUUUGGCCAGUCUCUCGUCAAUUUUGAAGGAAAUGACAAUAUCAAGACAUUGUCCAGCAACUUAAUCGCUCUCUUGCAGCAAUCAGACAAUCAAUUAGAGUUACUGAACACAAUUUCCCAGAAUCUCCCUCUGUUAGCCCCUGCUCUUGCUGAUGGCGCUUUUGAAGGAGCAGAAAAUGUGCUUAACGAGCUUUCAUUCAAUCAGGACAAGUACCUCAAAGCCGGACAGAAUGCUAUCUGGCUGAACGGACGUAGGAUGUAUGAUAAAGACCUUGAGCCAUUCACGCUUUUACGUCAACUGGAAUCAGAGAAUUUGCUCAUUGGCGCUAUCACAGAUUUGGGUUUUUCUAGAUCUGAUGCGAUCAAAGUACUCAGUCAUCGCGCUCUGUAUGCAUCUCAAAUUAUCAGACCAGAUUCAGUAGCUGAUGGCCUGGUUGAUGCUUCAGAUAGAAUCGAAGAGGGUGGUGUAAUUAGGUGGAUGAACGAUUUGGAGGAUCACAAACAGUACAAUGGAAAAUUUUGGUCUCCCUAUAUGCGCAACCUGCUUAAUCCUCUUGGAAAAGUAGCGAGAAACUAUCUCAAUGGGGUUCUCGUGAUUGACUUAUCAAACAAACAAGCAAUUGAAAUGUUAUCAACAAACGUGAGAGCGUUCAUCGAUCGCGGCAUCCCUGUGCGCUGGGGCGUUGUUCCUUACAUUAAUCCUCUCAAUCAUGACAGUUUGAUGGCUGCAAAGCUGUUUUAUGGCUUGAUUGAUAGCAGAGGAGUUGAUACAUGCCUAAACUACUUUGCUGAGGCUGUCGCUUACACAGGCACUUUUGCUGAAAGAGCAGAAGCUGCUUACUCUAAUCUUCCAAGUGUGAAUGGCACAUUGUCUCAAGACGAGUUCGACACGACUGUGAAAAGCAAAGCAGUGAAAAAUGAUUUAAAGAAAGCUCAAAGCUAUACCAGACGUCUCGGCGUUAGUCCCGGUGAACAUGAAGAGAGUUUUGCUGGUGAAAUUUUUAUCAACGGCCAACCUGUGCAGUUUGAUGAUAAAACGAUACUUACUCUUCAAGAACAUAUUACCUCGCAGACUGAAGCAAUCACAAAGGCCGUUCGCAAUGCUGAAAUCGACGAGCGCAGUGAUGUUUCUGUAUUCUACUACGACAAGUCAUCCACAUUGAAACGCCGCAACAAGUAUUUGCAACCCUCAAAAAAAAAAGCACACUAUAUCCAAACAUAUCCAAAAUUGCUGGAUGGUCCGUAUGUUACUCCGGAGACACAAGAUAGAACGGAUGUAACGAUAUGGCUUGUUUCUGAUUUCAACAAACCAGAAAGCCUUGAACUGAUCAAACACGCACUAUCAGGCAUGAUUAUAAGUCCAACAUUUAGGCUUGGCUUUGUGCACAAUCCAUCUGAAUGUGAAACUGCUACUGGGACUAUAAGUCAAAUGUUAAGGAUGCUGCCAGACAGAAGCUCGCCAUUGGAAUUUAUCGAUGCGUUACAGAAUCGUGGCGAGAUUAGAGAAGAUGCCGAUGGGAUAGUAAAUGCUGGCGCUUGGAUAAGCGAGACAGGAAUCAACCCAGGUGAUUCUGGACUCAUCGUAAAUGGUCGCGUCAUCGGUCCUAUACCACCUAAUGGCCUUGUCGAAGAAGAUUAUGUGUACUUAUUCCAACGUGAUUAUGCGGAACGAGUGCUGCCGGUUGUCAAAGCCUUAGAUGAGACAUGCCCGCACCUACUCCAGGAUGAUCCAGACACUGUCGCUACUCUGCUGUCUAGGCUUGGCUCACUACUAUGGAAAACCAAUCAAAAUGAGCAGCCAGAAGGAAUUUACGAGCCUCCUUAUACACCUAGAGCGCGCGUUUGGAAUCGAUUGCAUACUAAAUACACGUCUAUACAAGUAGGCAAAGAGCUGUCGUCCCAGUAUUCGUUUGAUGUGGUUUUGGAUCCAAUGAGCGAGCAAGGCCAAAAGCUGACAAAGAUAUUGAUCGCUUUAGCUGAAACUGGAGAUGCGCAUAUAAGAAUAGCGUUCAAUCCAGACAUCAGCAUUGAAAAUCUUCCCACCAAUCGCUUCUACAGAUUUGCCAUGAAUUCAAAGCCGCACUUUAAUCAAUAUGGCCAGAGCAUAAAUCAAGCCGUUCAAUUCGUACAGAUGCCAGCUGAUGCAUUGUUCACACUGGAACUCGACCCUCCACAAUCCUGGAUCGCUAGACCUGUGUAUGCACCAGUAGAUCUAGACAAUCUCAAUCUUGUUACAGCGCCGUACAAAGACCUGAAUGUAAUCUUUCAGCUGGACAAGAUAGUUGUUGAUGGGCAUGCCAGAGACUCAAAGACAAGUUUGCCUCCGAGGGGCCUUCAGGUUGCUUUGAAACACGGCCAAAUUGAUACACAAAUAGUUGCAAAUCUUGGUUAUCUGCAACUAGCAGUGACGCCCGGUCAGUGGUCUCUCGAAAUCAGAGAAGGUUAUGGCAGGCAAGUAUACGAAAUCGAGAGUUUAGGAAGCCUAGGUUGGAAUAGCCCCACAGUCGAUGAAGGCUUCGAGACAUUCAUGUUGGAUAGCUUUGAAGGCGUCAAGCUUUACCCAAGGUUUAAGAAAAAGCCAGGUAUGGAGGGAGUUGACGUGCUUUCCGAGCAGCGCGAGACAGGUUUGGUACCUUAUGCGAAGGCAGCUAUUUCAACACUUAAAUCGUUCUUGGGCUUCACAUAUGAGUCUGAUCAUGCGGAUAUCAAUAUUUUUACUGUAGCUUCCGGUCUGCUGUACGAGCGAUUUGCUUCUAUCAUGAUACUUUCGGUGCUAAAGCACACGAAUCAUUCCGUCAAGUUUUGGUUCAUCGAGAACUUUUUGUCGCCCUCGUUCAUAGAGUUUUUACCACACCUGGCUAAGGAGUAUGGCUUCAAGUAUGAGCUUGUUACUUACAAAUGGCCGAGCUGGCUACGUCCACAAAAGGAAAGACAAAGAAUGUUGUGGGCAUACAAAAUUCUCUUCCUCGACGUCCUCUUUCCAAUGAGUCUCGACAAGGUGAUUUUUGUAGAUGCUGAUAACAUAGUAAGAACAGAUCUCAAACAGCUAAUCGAUGUAGACUUGCACGGUCGUGCUUAUGGCUAUCCGCCGAUCGGGAUGGAUAGGGAGGAGAUGGAUGGCUACCGUUUUUGGACAGAAGGGUAUUGGAAGGACUAUUUGCGCGGUCGCAAGUACCAUAUCAGCGCGUUGUACGUGGUGGAUCUGAAGAGAUUCAGACAGAUUGCCGCGGGAGAUCGUUUAAGGGGGCAAUAUCAAGGUCUUUCUGCUGACCCUGGCUCACUUGCAAACCUGGAUCAAGAUUUACCCAACAAUUUCCAAACAGAAGUGCCUAUCUGGACGCUUGACGGGUCUUGGCUGUGGUGUGAAACUUGGAACUCAGAGGAGAGCAUAACACAGGCAAAGACGAUUGAUCUUUGCAACAACCCAAAGACAAAAGAACCCAAGCUAGAAAGAGCGCGCAAGAUUCCCGAAUGGACAGAAUAUGAUGAUGAUAUCCGACAAUUUAGUGACAAGCUCGCAAAAGAAAAGCUAAUUAAGUCAUUGCUCGUUACAGAAACUGAAGAGCUGGCGCAAGGCCCGAAGGCAGCAGCAGAGGAAGCGCCGACAGCACCAGAUUAUUUCAAAGAUAACCACAGAAAAGACGAAUUGUAG